AUGGCUCUGCCGAAGCGCAUUGUCAAGGAGACGGAGAGGCUUAUGGCCGAACCAGUGCCUGGGAUCAGCGCCGUGCCCCAUGAAGACAACCUCAGGUACUUUGACGUGGAAAUCCAUGGCCCUUCUUCAUCACCGUACGAAGGGGGUAUCUUUAAACUCGAACUGUUCCUCCCCGAUGACUAUCCUAUGGCCCCGCCUAAGAUUCGCUUCCUGACGAAGAUUUUCCAUCCCAAUGUCGACAAGCUGGGCCGCAUCUGUCUCGACGUCCUGAAGAACAACUGGUCCCCUGCGCUACAGAUUCGAACGAUCCUGCUGUCCAUCCAAGCACUUCUCGGCGCCCCCAACCCCGAUGACCCGCUAGCCGCCGAUGUUGCCAAGAGCUGGAAGGAGGAUGAGCAGGCCGCCAUCGCUACGGCAAGGGCGUGGACCCAGCAAUAUGCUGUUCCGAAGUAG